UACACAAUUCACUCACACUAGUACAUACUUACUCACUUGCCCUCUCUCUAAAGAAACCCAACCAAAGCAACAAAAAAUGCCUUCUUCAUCCACAAGCAUAAUUUCAAAAUGCACAAUCUAUCCAGACCAAAAAUCCACCCUCAAACCCUUACACCUCUCUGUCUCUGACCUCCCCAUGCUUUCUUGCCACUACAUCCAAAAGGGAGUCCUCCUCUCUUCUCCUCCUCAACCCUUUCAAGACCUCAUCGACUCCCUCAAGCUCUCUCUCUCCACCACACUCUCUCUCUUCCCCGCCCUCGCCGGCCGCUUCUCCACCGACUCCGCCGGCCAUGUUCACAUCGUUUGCAACGACGCCGGAGUUGAUUUCAUCCACGCCAAUGCCAAGCAUCUCACCCUCGCCACCCUCCUCUCGCCGCCAGCCAAUUUUCCCGAUGUCCAUCCUUCCUUCAAGGAGUUCUUUGCUUACGAUAUGACUAUUUCUUACUCUGGCCAUCACCUUCCCCUCGCCGCCGUCCAGGUCACCGAGCUUGCCGAUGGCGUCUUCGUCGGCAUCACCGCCAACCACGCUGUCACCGACGGUACCUCCUUCUGGCACUUCUUCAACACAUUCGCCGCCGUCACCAAGGCUGCCGGCUCCGGCGCCAAAAAGAAGAUAGCCAGCUACCCGGACUUCACUCGCGACACCGUCUUCAACUCCGCCGUCGUCCUCCCCGUCCCAGCCGGCGGUCCCACCGUGACGUUCGCCGCCGACGACCCUCUCCGGGAGCGAGUCUUUCACUUCUCCAGGGAAGACAUCCAGAGACUGAAAAAGCAAGCUAACAGUAACCGCCACAACAACGACGGUUGGAAAACCGCUGGAGUUAACGGUAGCGGAAACUGUAAUGGAAACGGGAUGGUAGCGGCUGUUAAUGUGAGGAACAACGACGAGAUCUCGUCGUUUCAAUCUUUAUCUGCUCAGCUUUGGCGAUCCGUGACACGUGCCAGGAAAUUAGACGCUUCGAAAACGUCGACGUUUAGGAUGGCCGUUAAUUGCCGUCACCGUUUGGAACCAAAGAUGGAUCCGUUUUACUUUGGGAACGCGAUUCAGAGCAUCCCAACGGUCGCAACGGUUGGGGAUAUUGUUUCCAACGAGGUCGGCUUUUGCGCCGAACUGCUGCACCGUAACGUCAUCGCGCACGAUGAUUCUACGGUGCGGCGUGGCAUAGAAGACUGGGAAAAGGCCCCGAGACUGUUCCCUCUCGGUAACUUUGACGGAGCCAUGAUUACUAUGGGGAGUUCGCCGCGUUUUCCAAUGUACGACAAUGAUUUCGGGUGGGGAAAGCCGUUGGCGAUUCGGAGUGGGAAGGCAAACAAGUUCGACGGCAAGAUCUCGGCGUUUCCCGGUAGGGAAGGAAACGGCAGCGUUGAUCUUGAAGUCGUUUUGGCACCAGAAACGAUGGCGGGACUUGAAAACGACAUGGAAUUUAUGCAGUACGUGACGUCAUUCGAAUAAGUGGUUUCUGCCGUUUUAAGACUAAGCGUAAUGAAACGCAGGGAACUCGGCGGUGAAAUUUUAGUAAACGACGGUGGAAGGGUUGAUAUGUAUCAAUGUAUGCAUAUAUUGAUCAGUAGACGACAAUAUUUGGGUGUCGUUUUGGUCGGUCAACGUUUUAGCAUGGGUGGGAUCAAGUAUUGUAAGGCAGUGUUUGGGUGGGUGUUUGGCCCUACCAGAUGUAAUGAUUUUUGUGUAAGUUGGUUUGUGGGCAGUUUUCUGUUUUCACUUUUCUUUCUCCUUUAUUUUCUAAGUGAAAAAGGGAGAAAGUAAUAAUAUUUAUUAAUGAUAAAUUAAAAAAAUUUUAAAAAGUAAAA